AUGAAAACUGGUUUAAUUGGAUUCAAUUAUUUAACUCAUCUUGAUUUAUCAUCAAAUAAUAUAACACGUAUACAAGGUCUCGAAGGUCUCGUUUCAUUAGAUAUAUUAAAUUUAGCAUCAAGUAAAACUGUUGUUAUUGAAGGUUUAUUGGCAUUAAAGCAUGAUGUAACCAAUUCUUUAUCGCAACAGUAUCUAACAAUCAUUGAAGCAGUUAAUGCUUUUCGACAUAAUCCAAAAGCUAUGGAAUCAAGUACAACAACAAGUGUUGAUAUUCAUAAUGGAUCUCUUUCGGUAUUAUAUAUCUUCUUAUUAUUGAUAAAAAAACGAUCAUUUUUAUGA